UGAGGACUCUCCACCAUGCAACGGCUGAUGAAGUUCCGGGUCCUCUGGGGCAUCCACAAAUCCCGCUGUGGCCUCCACCCUGCCCUUCAGCGCCUGCGCUGCCGGUCUUUAUCGGGAGCUGGAGCCCCAAGAUGGAAUGACUAUGAUACACCUGAGGAAUUUAACUUUGCAAGUGAUGUGCUGGACUACUGGACUCAAAUGGAGAAGGAAGGCAAGAGAGGCCCAAACCCAGCCCUGUGGUGGGUGAAUAAUCAAGGGGAUGAAGUGAAGUGGAGUUUCAGAGAGAUGACAGACUUAACCCGUCGUGCAGCCAACGUCUUCACACAGACCUGUGGCCUGCAGGAGGGAGACCAUCUAGCCUUGAUUCUGCCUCGAGUGCCUGAGUGGUGGCUGGUGAUUGUGGGCUGCAUCCGAACAGGGAUCAUCUUCAUGCCAGGGACCACCCAGAUGAAAGCCAAGGACAUUCUCUACCGACUACAAGUGUCUAAAGCCAAGGGCAUCGUGACCACAGACACCCUUGCCCCAGAGGUGGAUUCUGUCGCUUCUGAGUGUCCUGCUCUGAAAACCAAGCUCCUGGUGUCUGACCACAGCCGUAAAGGGUGGCUGGACUUCCGAUCACUGAUUAAGUCAGAAUCCCCAGUUCACACCUGUAUUAAGUCAAAGACCCUGGACCCAAUGGCCGUCUUCUUCACCAGUGGGACCACAGGCUUCCCCAAGAUGGCAAAGCACAGCCAUGGACUUGCUUUGCGAUCUGUCUUCCCUUCAUGCAGGAAAUUACUGCAGCUGAAGACGUCUGAUGUCCUCUGGUGCCUAUCAGACACAGGCUGGAUUCUGGCUGUCCUGGGGUCCCUGCUUGAACCAUGGACAGCGGGGUCUACAGUCUUUGUCCAUCAUCUGCCCCAGUUUGACCCCAAGGUCAUUGUACAGACUUUAUUCAAAUACCCUAUUACCCAAUGCUUUGCUGCUCCCUCUGUAUUUCGAAUGAUUCUGCAGCAGAAUUCCACCAGUCUCAGGUUCCCCACCCUGGAGCACUGCUGUACUGGUGGGGAGGCCCUGCUGCCCGAGGAGCAAGAGCUGUGGAGAAGACAGACAGGCAUUCUGCUCUACCAGGCCUACGGACAGUCAGAAACGGGAAUAAGUUGUGGCACCCUCCGGGGGAUGAAGAUCAAGCCGGGUUCCAUGGGGAAGGCCAUCCCACCCUACGACAUUCAGAUCAUUGAUGACAAGGGCAACAUCCUGCCGCCCAACACUGAAGGAAACAUUGGCAUCAGGAUCAAGCCCACCAGGCCCACAGGCAUCUUCAUGUACUACGAGGUGGAGUUUGUCUCAGAGCUGCCCAAAACCGUCACCGGCAAGAUACAAAGAAGUGAACUCCGGAAGAAGGAGUUUGGUCAGGUGUAA